GUUACUUUCAAAUGCCAUACGAUGUAAUCAGACAUGACAUGGAGAGAAUGUUCAGAAAGACAUGUGAUCAAAUCAGCGACAGUAUGAAAUCUUGUAUACAAAGCGUACACAAAGAUCAUGCUGGUGUGCAGCCAUCCAGGUCUGCCGGCUUACAUCCUUCAGAGAAAGACCCUUCUAUAGGGAGGCACUUGGAUGAUAAGGCAGAGAUUGAGAGACUCACGAAGCAAGUCGGCAACUACAAGAUGAUUAUACAGCAGCAAGAAGAUAUGAUACAGAACUCUUUGACGUCACGUUCCCAAACCAAGGACAAGUCAUUGCUUCACGAGUCUCUGCUGCUACGAGAGAAGGACAGUUUCUCAGAGCAGAGAAAGUUCUUCACUGAAGAGAAAGCUAUUUUUGAGAAGGAAAGAAAAGCUUUAAAAGAGGCUGUAGCUUGUUUAAGCAAAGAAAAGCAGUUACUCCAGGAUGAGAGAGCCAAGUUGAUCAAGCAGCAGUUACUCAACAUGCGCCCUUACAAGCACAGCCAGCACAGAAGAAUCAAAGAUGGGCUGUCAGGCCGUUUGCUACCAGCAACUCCAGUUUUCUCUCCUGCAAAAACAACUGGCAGAGUUUUUUCUUCAGAAACACACAGCAGUGGAGAAAUGUACCAAACUGAUGGACUCUCUCAGCAGCAUAUAGGCAUAUUAGGCAUAAAUUUGCCUAGAAAAACCACACAACAGCCAGGGGCUGUUGGGGUUGGUUCUGCUACGUCCUGUAAAUUUUACGCAACUAACCUAAUGCCACACAGCUUGGAUUAUAAAAAGAAGAAGUUGCUAAUUUAUUAUGAUUUCAUAUUGCCUUAUUUUAAUUUGUCUGCUGCAUUCCUGUUACAAUUGCUAGCUAUUAGUUUGAUUGCCAUUUCAAGGUUGUCUACUGAUGAGAAACAUUUACAUUGCAUGCCAUUAGUUUAA